AGAUAGAUACUCUGGGUCUAGAUAGAUACACUGGGUCUAGAUAUAUACUCUGGGUCUAGUUAGAUACUCUGGGUCUCGAUAAAUACUCUGGGUCUAGAUAGAUACUCUGGGACUAGAUAGAUACUCUGGGACUAGAUACAUACUCUGGGUCUAGAUAGAUGCUCUGUGUCUAGAUAGAUACUCAUGGACUAGAUAAUUACUCUGGGUCUAGAUAGAUACUCUGGGUCUAGAUAGAUACUCAUGGACUAUAUAGAUACUCUGGGUCUAGAUAGAUACUCUGGGUCUAGAUAGAUAAUCUGGGUCUAGAUAGAUAAUCUGGGUCUAGAUAGAUACUCUGGGUCUAGAUAGAUACUCUUGGUCUAGAUAGAUACUCUGGGUCUAGAUAGAUACUCUGGCUCUAGUUAGAUACUAUGGGACUAUAUAGAUACUCUGGGUCUAGAUAGAUACUCUGGGUCUAGAUAGAUACUCAUGGACUAUAUAGAUACUCUGGGUCUAGAUAGAUACUCUGGGUCUAGAUAGAUACUCUGGGUCUAGAUAGAUACUCUUGGUCUAGAUAGAUACUCUGGGUCUAGAUAUAUACUCUGGGUCUAGAUAGAUACUCUGGCUCUAGUUAGAUACUAUGGGACUAUAUAGAUACUCUGGGUCUAGAUAGAUACUCUGGGUCUAGAUAUAUAUACUCUGGGACUAGAUAGAUACAGUGGUAGUUGGUGUACCUAAUAAACUGUCUGAGCGUACACUGGCAGUUGCGAAAGUAUUCACCCCCCCUUUGCAUUUUUCCUAUUUUGUUGCCUAACAACCUGGAAUUAAAAUAUAUAUUUUUUUGGGGGGGGGGGGUUGUAUCAUUUGAUUUACACAACAGGCCUACCACUUUGAAGAUGCAAAAUGUAUUGUAAAACAAACAAGACAUAACACAAAAAAAACGAAAACUUGAGCGUGCAUAACUAUUCAUCACUUUGUAGAGCCACCUUUUGCAGCAAUUACAGCUGCAAGUCUCUUGGGGUAUGUCUCUAUAAGCUUGGCACAUCUAGCCACUGGGAUUUUUGCCCAUUCUUCGAAGCAUAACUCCUUCGAGUUGGAUGGGUUCCACUGGUGUACCUCAAUCUUUAAGUCCUAGAUUCUUAGUUGGCUUGAGGUCUGGGCUCUGACUAGGCCAUUCCAAGAUAUUACAAUGUUUUCCCUUCAACCACUUGAGUGUUGCUUCAGCAGUAUGCUUAGGGUCAUUGUCUUGCUGGAAGGUGAACCUCCGUCCCUGUCUCAAAUCUCUGGAAGACUGAAACAGGUUUCCUUCAUGAAUUUCCCUGUAUUUAGCUCAAUCCAUCAUUCCUUCAAUUCUGACUAGUUUCCCAGUCCCUGACAAUGAAAAACAUCCCCAUAGCAUGAUGCUGCCACCACCAUGAUUCACUGUGGGGAUGGUGUUCUCGGGGUGAUGAGAGGUGUUGGGUUUGCACCAGACAUAGCGUUUUCCUUGAUGGCCCAAAAAAUAAAUUUUAGUCUCAUCUGACCAGAGUACCUUCUUCCAUAUGUUUGGGGAGUCUCCCACGUGCCUUUUGGAGAACAUCAAACAUGUUUGCUUUUUUUUUCUUUAAGCAAUUUCUUUUUUCUGGCCACUUCCGUAAUGCCCAGCUCUGUGGAGUAUACGGCUUAAAGUGGUCCUAAGGACAGAUACUCCGAUCUCCGCUGUGGAGCUUUGCAGCUCCUUCAGGGUUAUCUUUGGUCUCUUUGUUGCCUCUCUGAUUAAUGCCCUUACUUGCCUGGUCUAUGAAUUUUGGUGGGUUUUCCCUUUGGAGAGCUCCUUGGUCUUCAUGGUGUUGCUUGCUUGGUGGUGCCCCUUACUUAGUGGUGUUAUAUACUGAGAUCAUGUAACAUAUUGUGACACUUAGAUCGCACACAGGUGGACUUUAUGGAACUAAUUAUGUGACUUCUGAAGGUAAUUGGUUGCACCAGAUCUUAUUUAGGGGCUUCAUAGCGAAGGGGGUGAAUACAUCUGUACACACCAUUUUUCUGUUUUUAAUUGAUUAAUUUUUAAAUUUUGAAACAAGUUAUUUUUUCCAUUUCACUUCACCAAUUUGGACUAUUUUGUGUCUGUCCAUUACAUUAAAUCCAAAUAAAAAAUAUAUUUAAAUUACAGGUUGUAAUGCAACAAAAUAGCAAAAACGCCAAAGGGGGAUGAAUACUUUUGCAAGACACUGUAGCUACUGCUGUGUGUGUCCUGCAGGGUUUGGAUCAAUACCAUUUCAGUUUCAGUCAAUUCAGGAAGUAUACUAGUGUGAGACAGGUAGUCAGGUUAGCCUCUCUGUAGUCCGGUUAGGUAUGAUAGGCCUCUCUGUUAGACAGGUAGAUAUGAUAGGCCUCUCUGUUAGACAGGUAGGUAUGAUAGGUCUCUCUGUUAGACAGGUAGGUAUGAUAGGCCUCUCUGUUAGACAGGUAGGUAUGAUAGGUCUCUCUGUUAGACAGGUAGGUAUGAUAGGUCUCUCUGUUAGACAGGUAGGUAUGAUAGGUC